GCCAAUGAUUUUUGGCGCGCCAAGUCCCUAUUGGGACUAGUCGCCAUGCGGCUCUUCUCCGCCCAGUGGCCGAGCGCGACAGUUCGCGGCGCAAAAAAGUUCCUUACGAUCCUCGACUUUCUGGUCGCAAAGAGCAUGGCUCUACACACACUAUGAGUGCCACACAGAAAACCAAGGUGCCGCUACCGGGCUCCAAGCCGAAGUCAAAACCUCAGAACACCCCAUCGAAAGCGCAAUUAAGCCAGGAAUUUGUCGACAGCGACGAUGAUUCUCCCAGUGAGACAACCGCGCAGUCCAAGAAGGCCGAGAAGCCGAAAGCCACCAUCGGCAUUCACGUGAACGGCGUUCCCAAAGCAAAGUCCAAGCCCAGCAAGAAGGACGUUCCUGCCUCCAAAUCCGCCUCGAAGUCGAAGGUUUCGCCUAAGAAGCCUGCGCCCAAGCAAAUCGCGACACAGGAGGACGCUGAAGGCUUGUCAAGCUCAGAGAUAAGCGGCGACGACGCGCCGACUAGGGACAUACAGACGAAGCUCCCAGGUAACAAGCAAAGCAAGAGAGCUUCGAGCGACAGCGACGACACCAGCAGCGCAGACAGCUCUAGCGACGACUCGGACACAGGCAACGCGCCGCAACCAACACGCAAGUCGAACCAAACACAACCGGCACCGCCAGUGCAACCACAAUCGCAUGCCGUUGAUUUCCGACCAACCCAGGCUUACGCACCCCCCAAAGGAUUUGCUCCAGUUCCAGUCAACGACAGGACUAUCUCCAAGGCGACGGGCUUGUUCGAUAAUCUAGAAGGAAAGCAGAUAUGGCACAUCACUGCUCCCGCAGGUGUCUCGCUGAAGGAUUUGAGCGAGCUCGCCAUGGACAAAGCUAUGAAAGGGGAUGCCGUACUGAGCUACAAGGGUACAGACUACGGUUUCUCUCAGACCGAGAGUGAAGAUGGCACUCGGGAGGUUCUAUUACCACGGAACAAUGGCAUGAAACCAGCCCCUACGCGGAUAUCUCAGACUUUACGCCUACGAUCGGUUGUACGACUUCCCCACCUCAGCACAAAGCAAGCAGACCAAAACACGGGCUCAGAAGCAGCCGCCUCAAUAACGCGAUCGACCAUUCGCGCACCACGACCACAAGUCACAGGGCUGAAGAUGCGCUUCCUGCCCACUGGCUUCAGUGGGAACGAUGCCGGGAUUAUCGGUGAUUCCGAUGACGAGACCGAGGCACCACAGGCGACUGCAGGGCUUGCGAUGCCGAACGGACUUAAUUUACCCUCGAAGAAGCCGAAGAGGAAACACGCUGAUGUCAAUGGUGUUGAUGCGCCUGAAGUGCCAGCGAAGAAGACCAAAAAGCAACGGGAUCCAGAGGAGAUCAAGAGGAAAGAGGAAAAGAAAGCAAGGAAAGAGAAGAAGCGUGCAAAGGAAGCGGCUAUGGCCUGAGGAAGGCCGCACGACCGCUUGAACUAGCACGGCAUUUGCUCACACAGCAUUCCUAUACUAAAAAGCGUACUCGGUCAGAGCGAUCGAUGUCUGCGCUGCCUCUACGAAUCGGUCUACAUACUCAGUACUCAGCGUACACAUGAGGCGGAUUGUCUUUGGCGAGAAGCCGUGACAAUGAGGAUUGUUAUCAGCGUUGAGCACGACUUCAUCAUAGCAUCAGUACCGUCCGGCAUGGGGAGGAUAGUACUCAAUCAGUCAAUAAGAGCACGGGUCCAUGUCCCAAUCAAUACUGUCGCUAUCGCUGUCCCG